AUGGAGACUUUGGAAGAAACAUUCCUGUACUCAUACGUCAAUCUUAUGCUCUUCUCCCUUUAUGACAACUUCAUAUUCCAAUUGACCAAUUCUCCGACGUUAAAGAAUAUUCUAUCACCGGAUAAACCUCAAUUGUUGUACCAAUUUUACCGUUCCCUCUGGAAGCUCGACCCGGAUUAUUAUUGUUCCUUUCCUCCAGACGAUAUCAGACACGAUUAUUUACGACAACAUCAAUUCAGACCUAGAGAUAGUCAGGGUGUUCACGAAGAUUUGGUUGACAAUUUCCACGACGAGGCCUUCAUCAUGAACAUUACAAAAUACUACUACACAUACGGGAAAGAGUUGAAGCAUGCGAAUAAAAGCUUACCAUUUAUCCGGGGCGUCCAUCCGAUGAAUUUAGACGAUGAAGACGACAUAAGCCAAAGAUGGUUUGAGAGUUUGGUAACGUCUGAGAAUGAUGAAUCCGACAACGAUAAUGCCACUAAUAAACUUACAAAUGCAGUUGUAUACACAGAAGAUAACAGAGGACGACAACUUUUCACAUCGGAUCAAAAUCACGACACGAACACCAGUAGUGAUAGUAGCUGCAGCUUAGAUUAUCCGAUCGCCGAUUUGGAUUCAGAAACAGAAUCAAACAAUUUUGAAGUUGAUGCAAAAUUAAGCCAUGAUGGUCUAUUUGCAACCACUCAAAAGAGAAUCCUGUUCCUGGAGGAUGAUGAUGUCUUGCUGUUUGACAAGCUCGACCCUCCUUUAUAUGCGUUUUGUGAUGUGCGUGGUAUUUCCGUUGAUGUACUUACACGGAACAUUACGUCAUCAUCGAAGAUGUAA